AUGCAACUCACUGGGUACGAGAUGAUCGCAGGCGCUCCAGAUGCCAGGCUGCAUAUCAUAGGCUUGGGCCAGAUCUGUCGACUCAUCAACGCCGACACCACCGGCUGCCUGGGAUUCUUGGAGACAAUCCCGAGAGCUGUCAACUACGACAGGAACACUACCGACGCGGAAGCGUUGGGUGAUUUGCUAUGGGCUGAGAACGAAUACUGCUGGGAAGUUAUUGGUCAAACAUGGAUACGGAUGCCGUUCGUCUAUCAGUGGAUUCUCAUGGUAGGCAGUGCUGCAUCGCAACCUGGAUCGGCCGCGCGGUUUAAGCUCGUUUGCCAGCUUGCCGUUUUUAUGAACACUGAAUCGCCGCUCUUUUCGAUAAUAUUUGGAACCUCCUAUGGCUUCAGAAGAUCAUCCGAGACAAUGAAAAGUUCCCCACGAUCUCGCCAGAACUACAAGCAUACUGUGCACGAAAAUCGGCUGCCAAUUGAAGCUGGACCACUACGGACAAAACGACUAUGAAUACCCACCACCUACCCACUCCGACUCCUAUAGACCUUCACAAAAUCUUUUUCAACCACUCAAUAAUAUAGCCAUUAACCACGUCCCCCUCCACCACAUGCAAAAACGCCCCCUCCCUAACCUCCCUAACC